GCCAGUUUGGGAUGGGAAGAUCCACAUAAAAGACCGUUUUUCUUUAAAAGUUUAACAAGAAUUGACUUAAUAUUAGCAUGGACACCUAUUUAAAGGCAUCAUGUGUGGUCGAUUAAUAACGUGAUUUGUAUUUUUGGUGUAUUUAGUAGAACUACCGCAUUCUAGACCAAGCCCGGUUGGAGUUGGGGGCUUGGCCACUGCAGUUUGUUUACAUUGACUUUGUUGCAUUUUUAAACAUUUGUCAUUGACCUGAGUUAAAGAGUCAAAAAGUGUAUUAGUAUGGAAGACAUUUUUACUCAGGUGCGAGAAGGAAAUGCAUUUCACGUGCGAGUUUGGCUUGAUAACACAGAAAAUGACCUGAAUCAGGGUGAUGACCAUCGAUUUAGUUUGCUGCACUGGGCAGCACGGGAAGGAAGGACCAACAUAGUGGACAUGCUGAUUGCCAGAGGUGCUAGAAUUAAUGCCACUAACAUGGGAGAUGACACAGCUUUACAUCUGGCUGCAAGCCAUGGACAUAGGGAUAUUGUUAUGAUGUUACUACACAACAAAGCCAAUAUAAACGCUGUCAAUGAGCAUGGUAAUACGCCACUACAUUAUGCAGCUUUCUGGGGAAAAGAUCAGAUUGCAGAGGAUUUGGUAAAUAAUGGUGCUUUGGUUGGUAUUUGUAAUAAAUUCAAUGAAAGUCCGCUUGAAAAGGCCAAACCAAAGCUGGGAAGCAUGCUCAAAGAACGAGCUCUACAGCUUGGUCAAGAUCUACAGAAAAUACCAUUCAAAGACAGAAGUUGGCUUGGCUAUAAAACUAGAAGUAGAGAUGCUCUUCUUUCAAGACAUACUGGUAUAGAUAUCAAACAGCUAAACCUCAGUAAUCAGGUAGCAGUCACUCAUUCAGGGGAGAUGUACAGAGGACAAUGGGAAGAAAAUGACAUCGUAGCGAAAAUACUCAGUAUUAGAGAAUGUACUCUUAGAAUGUCCAGAGAUUUCCAGGAGGAAAUUCCUAGACUUAGAAUCUUCAACCACCCAAAUGUUCUCCCUGUAUUAGCUUGCUGUAACCAACCACCAGAUCUUGUAGUCGUCAGUCAGUUUAUGCCUUAUGGCUCAUUGUUCAAUGUAUUACACGGAGAAACAGGUAUAGUAGUAGAUCAGAAUCAAGCCUUGAGAUUUGCUAUAGACAUUGCUAGAGGGAUGGAGUUCUUACACACACUAGAACCAAUGAUUCCUGACCUUGUUAUAACCAGCAAACAUAUCAUGAUUGAUGAGGAUUUGGCUAAGAUAAAUAUUGACGAUCCUAAAUACUACAGGAAAACUGAUGGAGUCGUAAAUGGGAUUGAUGAAGAUUUAUCUGCCAGAAUCAAUAUGGCCGACUAUAAAUUUUCCUUCCACGAGAAAGGCAAAUUAUUCUCUCCAGCUUGGAUGGCUCCAGAAGCACUUACACGUAAACCAUCAGAAAUAAAUCAGAGAGCAGCUGAUAUGUGGUGUUUUGCAGUGUUGCUAUGGGAACUAGAGACAAGAGAAGUUCCACAUGCAGAUCUGACACCUAUGGAAUGUGGAAUGAAGAUUGCAAUGGAAGGCUUACGUUUGACAAUACCUCCAGGAAUCUCAUCACACAUGUCACGUCUGGUUAAAAUCUGUAUGAACGAAGAACCAGGCAAAAGACCAAAGUUUGACAUGAUUAUUCCCAUUCUGGAAAAACUCAAGCAGAAAUAAUAAUCUAAAGAAAAUGGCUGAAAAUAGUAGCUAUUGUG